AUCAACAACGUAGAAAGUGAAGAAUGAGCCGCAGAGGAAGUGAAACAACAACAGACUCAUGCCUGCAGUAACGUGAGGUGAUGGCUGACAUGGAAGAAACAGACUUUAAUUAUAUUUUAGAUGACUGGUUUAUAGAGUCCCUGAAAACGUACAAAGACCUUCAUGUGUAUCAGCUGGAACGUCCCACCCAGGUCAUAGAGUGGACGUCAGGGAAGACCGUGUGUGUCGCAGGAUACAGUCCGUCUAAAAAUGAAAUUCUGGAGCUGCAUUUACCUCCGAAACUCUUCGCUAAUGAAAAUAAGGGUCUCUGUGCAGAGCGGGAUUUCAAAGUUGUCCACGGUGGGUUCACAGACGGUCCUGUUCGCUGCCUCAGACACGUCCCAGGAACAAACUGCGUUGUCACCAACGACGGGCUGACCUCCGACCUGCAGCUGUGGACCGUCGGAGGAGACGACAGCGACGUGAUCAGGAGAACAGGAAGUGUCGCGGGGACGAGUGUUUCAGAGGGAGGCAGCAGGAUCGCAGCUCGAGUCUCGUCACAAGUUCUUCAUGGAGCUCAGAGCAGCGACGUCCGGCUCACUCAGCUGAGCUCAGGACAGAUUCUCUACACGCUGGAGACGGACUCCGCAGAUCCUCUGAGUUCUCUGCAGUUUGUGAGCGACGCCGUCUUCCUCGCUGGCUGCUCCAACGGGAACGUUUACCUCGCCGACACUCGGACGUCUGCCGGCCCUCAGCUGUCCCCUCCGCCAGCGUCUCCCGGUGAGUCUGUCCUCUGGUGGACGGACGCCUCUGCAGGUCCGUCCAGCUGCAGCGUCGUCAGACUCUCCUCGUCCGGACAGGCGGUGAUUUCAGACCUGAGGAACCCGGGAGGAGCCGUGAGCCGGGCCCAGCUGGACGUCCAAUCACGUCACUGCAACCCGGACGAUGUCAGAGUGUCGUGGGCUCCAGCGCUGGACGACUGCGUCGCAGUGUCGGGGUUCAGUGGAGCGCUUCAGAUCUACAACACGUCAGUCUGGAGGACGGAGCUGCAGGAAGCUCAGCCACUGUUUGAGCAUCGCGGUCACGCAGUUUCAUCGCAGUCCGACGUCUUCGUCACCGCCCACAUCUGGCAUCCUGAGCGGCCGCGGACGCUGCUGUCUGCAGCCUCGGACGGCUCCGUCCACGUGUGGGACUGGGUGGAGCGAGCACAGUAAAUGUCCCGUUCACGUGGGCGGAGCAGGAGGAUGUUAUCUGAGGCACUGCAGGAACAUUUCACUGUGUUCAGGACACGAGGACACGAGGACACGAGGACACGAGAGCAGCUUCUGGAUUAAACUGCUUUGAAACAAAUGAACUUCACCAGAGAACAAUGUUUUAUGUGUGAAGUCAGCGUCAGCUCAGAGGAGUUCGUCUCUGACAUGUUGUGUUGGCAGAAAUAAAAACAUUUCUGAA